UAAUAUGCAAUAAAUGUAUUGAUCAUUUUCUAACUUCAUUUAGAUUAUGCUGCUGAUUCAAAUUGAAACAUGAGUCGCUAUCCAUGGUGCUGAAUGCAACUUUAUGAACUUGCGUUUUGCUUGCAGACACCACAACAGAAUGCAAGCCAAACAGUAUUACAUUGUAAAUCGGUUAUAAAUGAAUGGCGAAACAUUUAUUAACUGUUGAACAAUAGGUUACUUAUUCUAUAACGAAAGAAAACUGUCUUUGUAACCAUUGGACUCACUUAGCCUUUGUGUUUAGAACGGAGGGUGCAUUUCUCUAUUCGCCACAUCAAAUAACUUCAUCUCACUAUGAUAAGUCUUUUGCUUCUAUUUUCAGUUAGUUUCCAAAUGAAACCAUAUUCUGGGGAAAAAUUAAGUCAUGUAGUGUAAAAAUGUAAUCAUCAGUGAGAUAAAUCGCCCAUAAUACUUUUGGACCUUGUGAUUUAGAAUCGUUUAAUGUGACUCGGGAAAUGAGAAUCUUUUCCACUGUUCAAUGAUUGUUUGAUAGCACGUAGUUAUGACAUAUGUCCACAUGGGGACACUGUAGACCAUCACAUUUGGACGGUCACUUUGGUCGCUUCGGGCUCCUCCCAGAUUCAGCGGAUGAUGCAUCAGUAGGCUUUGUUACAAAGAGAGCUCGGACGACAAAGAACGAUCGUGGUGUUUGGUCGUUGCAAUGCUCGAUUAUUUGUUUGGAAUAUAUAUUUCCUGACCUCGAUCUCGUGCUUGUUGUGGCGUGUUGUACAUAUUUGCCUGCAUGCACAAUCUCGAUGAAAGGAAUGAUGCAUUUGCCGAGGAGAACGAGCUCUGUGUGGAUAUAUCUCUUGGUCGUGCUGCUGGAUUGUUACUGGGAAGCGGUGUCUGGGCAGCUCUCUUACUCCGUCUCAGAGGAGGUAAAUCUGGGGACUGUUGUCGGAAAUAUCGCUAAAGAUCUUAACAUCAAUGUCCAGGAUUUGGAGUCCCGCAUGUUUCAGAUCGUUGCUGGAUCAAAGAAAAAAUAUUUCGAGGUAAAUCUAAAAACUGGUGCCCUGUACGUUAACGAGAGAAUAGAUCGAGAGGAACUCUGCGGCGAUGAACCAAAAUGUUCGCUAAGUGUAGAAGCAGUUAUUAAUAAUCCGUUGAAACUGUACCGAAUUGAAAUUAUCAUCUUGGAUGUAAAUGAUAAUUCCCCCUCAUUUCUCGGAAAGUCACAGCUAUUGAAUAUUACGGAGAGCACAGCAGCAGGGGUAAAAUUUCCUCUGCAUCCAGCUCACGAUGCAGACGUCGGUAAAAACACUGUAAAUAGCUACAAACUGAGCCAAAAUGAGCACUUCUCUCUAGUUACGCAUAAAGGAGAGAGUGUAAGUGUCGAAUUGCAGCUCCAGAAAGUUUUGGACAGAGAAAAACAGUCUGUGAUUCGACUCACACUAACUGCCAUUGACGGAGGAACUCCUGCUAAAUCUGGCAGUAUGACGAUAAUAGUCAAUGUGUUAGAUAUAAAUGAUAAUCCUCCUGUAUUCAGCCAAACUCUAUAUAAAGCCAGUGUACACGAGAACGCUAAGAUUGGAACAUCGAUAAUUACAAUAAAUGCGACUGAUUUAGAUGCUGGUCCAAAUGGAAAAGUGUUAUAUUCAUUCAGUGAAGUAGGCCGAGGGAAACAAACGGAUCUGUUUGCUAUAGACGAACAAACUGGAACUGUAACAAAUAAAAAGAAUAUCGACUUUGAAGAGAAUAAUGCUUUUGAGAUUCGAGUACAAGCCAGUGAUGGAGCUUCUUCUCCUCUAACCUCACAUGCUAAAUUAUUGAUUGAAGUUAUAGACGUCAAUGACAAUGCUCCUGAAAUUUCAGUGACAUCUCUGUUAAAUGCAGUCAAAGAAGAUGCGUCCAUUGGUACUGCCAUAGCUCUUGUUUCAGUGUUUGAUAAAGACGGAGGAAAAAAUGGGAUGGUGAACUGUAAAAUCUCGAAUAAUGUUCCUUUUAAAUUGGAGUCAAAUUAUAAAAAUUACUAUUCUUUGGUGGUGGACGGUCCUCUUGACAGAGAGAGCGCAUCUCAAUAUAACAUCAGCAUCACUGCUACUGAUGAGGGCAGCCCACCUCUCUCCAGCACGAGCGUUAUUAAUGUACACGUCUCAGAUGUAAAUGAUAAUAAACCUCUAUUCACAGAAAACAUUAUUAAUAUCUAUGUGAAAGAAAACAGUCCAGUAGGAGCAGUAAUUAAAACAGUUUCUGCAAUUGAUGCUGAUAUCGAUCAAAAUGGUCGCGUGAGCUAUUCAUUUUUACAGAGUAACAGUAACUCAUUGCCUCUCUCCACUAUGGUAAACAUCAACUCAGAGACAGGAGAUAUAGUCAGCCUGCAGUCUUUUAACUAUGAGGAGUUAAAAACGUUUCAGUUUAAAGUUCAGGCCACAGACUCUGGUGUUCCUCCGCUCAGCAGCAACGUGACUGUAAAUGUUUUAAUUCUGGAUGAAAAUGACAACAACCCAACAAUCCUCGCGCCCUAUUCUGAGCACGGCUCCGUUAACAGUGAGAGCAUCCCCUAUUCUGCUGAAGCGGGAUACUUUGUGGCAAAGAUCAGGGCUGUAGACGCAGACUCUGGAUACAAUGCGCUGCUUUCUUAUCACCUCUCUGAGCCCAAAGGAAACAACCUCUUCCGGAUCGGAACCAGCACCGGAGAAAUCAGGACUAAGAGGAGAAUGAGUGACAAUGACCUGAAAACGCACCCGUUGGUGGUCUUGGUUUCUGAUAACGGAGAACCCUCCCUGUCAGCUACUGUGUCUAUUGAUGUGGUGGUGGUUGAAAGCACAGCUGACAUCCAGACUCAGUUCAGACAUGUGCCCAUAAAGGAGGACAGCUUCUCUGAUUUGAACCUGUAUCUGCUGAUCGCCAUAGUGUCGGUGUCAGUCAUCUUUCUGCUGAGCCUCAUCAGUUUAAUAGCUGUCAAAUGCCACAGGACAGACGGCAGUUUCAGCAGGUACAGCGCCCCAAUGAUCACCACCCACCCUGACGGGAGCUGGUCUUACUCCAAGUCUACUCAGCAGUAUGACGUGUGUUUCAGCUCAGACACACUGAAGAGUGACGUAGUGGUUUUCCCCGCACAGUUUCCACCUGUAGACGCGGAGCUGAUCAGUAUUAACGGAGGAGACACUUUUACCAGAACUCAAACUUUACCCAACAAAGAUAAGGUAAGAGAUUAAAUACACCAUACCAAUCACUACACCUUUUCUAUUGAUAGAUAUUUAGUUGAUUUACGGGGCAGUUUCAUGUGCUUUAUUUUUAAGUGGCUAGCGCCAGCAGUCGAUCGUUCGUCGUGUAAUGUACACUCCCCUUUGAUGUAUUACUAAAGUCAUAUCAAAUAGAUAAAAGUUGGAGAGUUUGUAUGCAGAUAUGAAAAACUAUAAUCGGCUGUAAAUGUAUUGAUCAUUUUCUAACUUCAUUUAGAUUAUGCUGCUGAUUCACAUUGAAACAUGAGUCGCUAUCCAUGGUGCUGAAUGCAACUUUAUGAACUUGCGUUUUGCUUGCAGACACCACAAAAGAAUGCAAGCCAAACAGUAUUACACUGUAAAUCGCUCAUAAAUGAAUAGCGAAACAUUUAUUAACUGUUGAACAAUAGGUUACUUAUUAUAUUAUGAAAGAAAACUGUCUUUGCAACCAUUGGACUCACUUAGCCUUUGUGUUUAGAACGGAGGGUG